CUUGAAAACAUGGACGUCGUAGCCUCCAGCAAUAUCCCUACCACGGCUGAGGAAUGGAAUGCCAAGUACAAUGCUGCUACGACAUGUGUGCACUUUGACUGGUAUCUCGGCUACGACGAGUUGCAAAUGUUGCUUCAAGACGUGUUGGAUCGAUAUGACUCGAGCUGCGAGAUCUUCAUUCCAGGAUGUGGCCUGUCUGAGUUGGCGUUCCAACUGUACGACGUCGGGUACGAGAACAUCACGAACGCUGACAUUUCAACGGUGGCAGUCCACCGCAUGUCGACAGUGCAACACCAACGGCAGGCGACGCACAUGCAGUGCGUAGCCUUGGAUUCUACCCAAAUGCCUGAUGUCCCCAACCAUUGCUUCGACGUGAUCCUUGACAAAGGACUACUGGAUACGCUCCUGUGCAGCCCCAACAACGUCGAAGACGUUCUUGCUCUUUUGCAUGAACUGCAUCGCGUGCUCAAAGUGAAUGGAACACUCGUAGUGGUUUCCCACGGCCCCCCCGACACACGAUUGAUGUAUCUCACUCGAGAGACCUUCGAGUGGACGGUCGAUACAAUCACACCCAUUGAGCGGAUUUGCUCGACGAUAGAAUUGCCAAAGGCAGGGACUCGGCGGUACUACAUGUACACUUGCCACCGCCGGCCAUUGUAGUGGCGGAAUUCAUUCAUAGUGUUUAUGCUCCAAGAAUUUACAGUCUGAUUAUACAGUCUUACCGGUGGGGAUGC